AUGAGUGAACAUUGUUCCCCAAAAUUCUCCGCAGCAGAAGUCAUCCAGCGUGGCCGUACGGACGGCUACUGGGUGCGUGCUUUCCAGUUCUCAGCAGAAGACGAGAUGCGAGGAGUGCUUGUCUCUGGGUUGAACAGCGGAAAGGUUGAGUUCCUGGACAACCCCCUUGCUACGAAGCACUCGGGGGGGCCCAAAGAGUGGAAAGCGUAUCUGGUGGCUCCGGAUCCGGAGCACAAGGACCCGAACUUCCCGAAGCAUCAGGACCCAAAGCACCAGGAUUUGAAGGAACAGAACUUCCACACUCCUGUUGCGGUUAUAGGCAUGGACAUCAGGAAAAACGGGCUCCUGGAUGUCGUCAUUUGUCACGGGUACGGAGCUACCAUGAUCGACAGUUGUGAUCCCGGUGGCUUUAUCUACUGGUACGAAAAUCCCGGUCGAGGACGACUCAAGGAAAACAAACCUUGGAAGCGACACUACAUCGGACAAUGGCCAGUAAUGCACCGUUUAGAAACCGGCCACUUUACUCAGAGGUCGUUCUCAGAACUGAUCGCAGCGCCAGUGAUCCAUGGCCCCAAGGAUAAGACCACUCCUAUACCGAUACUUCGUUUUCAGAUCCCAAGUGAUCCAAUGACCGCGAAGGAAUGGCCGCGUGACGUGGUAGACGACCAGAAUUUCACUGUGAUUCAUGAGCUCGCGGCCAAAAGGUUGGACGGCCAAUCUGGCUUAGAUUCCCUCCUUGUAUCUUCCAGAGAGGGCGUCACCAGACUGUAUUACGAUGACGGCCGUUGGAAGAAAGAGCUUAUCGGUAGAGGCGAACCGAAGAGAGAAGACCAGAAAGACGACUCCACCACUCCUGGGUCGGGAGAUCACUGGGGCACUGGUAGCGCCGACAUUGGUAGAGUCGGCAGUGACCGGUAUGCCUAUGUCGCCACCAUCGACCCCUUUCAUUCCACAAAAGUCUGUGUCUACACCAAGCACGACGAUCCCCACUCACCGAGGGUCGAAGUGGAAGCGCCAUGUUCUCGAUACCUACGGAACACCGACGCAGCAGAAGCAUUGGGGAGAUGGUCCUGGUCACUAUGUGACAUGCACUGA